AUGGACGCACACAACAAGAGCGCCGACGAGUCUAGCACGGGAGCCGCGGCGGCCGAUACGACCACUAGUGCGGCUGGGACCAAGCCUCACACGAAGCACAAGUCGAGCGACAGGAAGCGCCAGCGCCCGCAGUCCAUCGAUGAGAAAAGCAAGAGUCCCGACUCGGCUGUGUCCAACACGGAGACCAGCACCAAGACCAGCAAGCGGCCGAAGAAGAGUCGCGAGCCUCGCGACGACGGUGGCGCGAGAGAUGCGCAGAAAACUCCGGAAGGGGUCGCUGCUGCACCCGAAGCUCAGGAGAAGCCGCAGCCCGAGCUCCGCCUUCCAGCCCUGCCUUCUACUUGUACCGAACAUAUCCUGUUGCGCCUGGUUGCUCAGCAGGCUCCUGCGUUCGACCGACCUCCUCCAACUCGGCUGCGCCUCAGGCUCAGAAAGAUGGCGCUGCCGUACCGGCCACUGAAGAGAGGAAACCUGACCACCCUAUUAACCCUGUCCACCAUCUCUCCACCGCUAAGCAGCGUCCUCCUGGCGGGUGUGGUGGCCUCCAUCGUAAUCGUCGUGGUCCUCGCGCUGGCACUGGUGGGCAUCAUCUUCGGAAUGGUGGUGCCGGCCGCUGAACAUGGUUGCCCACCGCUCGACAAGCCGCUCGCAGAGGGCAACGUCAUGCUGGCGACCAAGGGUGGCCGGCUGGUCGGCAGCACGGUGACCGUGGACGGCGUGGCCUUGUCGCGCUUCCUGGGCAUCCCCUUCGCUCAAAGCACGGUGGGCGAUCGCCGAUUCGCGGUGCCGUUGCCGCUGGCCGAACCCGGAGAAAAGUGCGCGGUGCGGGAAUACGUCGAGCCGCGGCCGCCGUGCGCCCAGUGGAACAACGGCCGUGUGCUCGGCUCCGAGGACUGCCUGCACGUGAACGUGUGGACGCCCGCGGCCACAGUCGGAGACAACGCCCGCGGCGGAGGCCGGGCCCUGGUGGUGGCUGUCUCCGGAGAGUGGUUCGAUACGGGCUCCAACGAUGAUCCCGACUGGCCGAAGCUGGCCGCCAAGGGAGACGUGGUCGUGGUGGCGCCAAACCACCGUCACGGUGUGCUGGGCUUUCUCCACCCGUCGUCCGUGGUUGGCGUGGCCGAGGACGGGGCCGUUGCUGACGUCGUGAGCGGUGUGCUGUGGGCGCGCGACCACGCGGACAGCUUCGGCGCCGACCCCAAGCAGCUGGUGCUCGUCGGCCGCGGAUCGGGCGCUUACCUGCUCUCCGCGGCCGCGCGCAACUUGAGCAAGGACACGGCACGCCGGGCCUUCUACCACGGCAUCGUCUACGGGUCGAUGCUGCCCUUGGAUCCGGCGACGCCGUACCAGCACUUGGCGUCGGCGUUGAACUGCAGUGACGCGGACAAGUCGACGUCGGCGUGGGUCUCCUGCUUCCGCGCCGCGCCCGUCGAGGAGCUCUUGAAGGCCGCGCAGACCCCGUCCCACAUGCCACUGAAGUUCGCGCCGCACUUCGACUUGUCAGCAGUACUGAAGCCGGAUACCUCCACCACGCCGCAAACCGUGAUAGCUGGAGCGGACGCGGCCGACGACAAGGCUUUCUUCAAGGAGCGCAUCCUGCUGCCCGCUCAGCUUCGCGGCAAUGCUUCGACAUUGCGGGCUCUGAAGGACUACAUGUUGGAUGUCUUCAACGUGCCCUCGUUCCAGAGGCGAUUCAUCAAGAGUCGCUUCAACGUUUUCACGGUGGACGAUAUCGCCGAGGAAUUCUCAAUAUGGGUCUCCAUGUGCGCCACGCUGAAGAGGGCCACGGCGGUGGACCUGGGCUACCACUACCGGUUCGAAUCGGCCGUGGCCAGCGGGCUGCUGCGUCCGCCACUGGGCAUCGACCAGGUGGCGCAGUUCGCAGCCCACGGCACGGUGCCACCGUUGGCUGACAGGAGUCCGUGGCGUCCCCUCAGGAAUGUGUCCAAGACACGAGUGGUCAUCGACUAUGGACACGAGAGCCACGAGUGGCUAGCCGACUACAAUAUUCAGUGCACAAUAAUAUAG